AUUUACUAUUUUAGUGGGCUACUGCGCUGUAAUCUACUCUCCAGUCCUCCUCCCCCAAUGGCUUCCUCCUCCCAUUCCCUCUGCAGUCACCAAACCUACGGUUCUUACAGUGCCAGAAACCACUUCAUUUCUUUCAACAAAGGCUUUCUCUCUCUAAAUUCUUCGUUUAAGCCACGUGGGCCAUCGUCUUUCAACAAAAAGAUUCAAUCUUCGAGAACCCAUUUGAUCAGAGCUGCGUCUUCUGAUUCAAACAAUGCCAGACAAAAAGUAGAGGUAGUGUAUGAUCUUGAAGAUAAGUUUAGUAAGAUUGCAGAUGAAGUGGAUAGAGAUGUAGGGAUGACAAGGCUCACUCUCUUUUCUCCCUGCAAGAUUAACGUUUUCUUGAGAAUAACUGGCAAACGAGCAGAUGGAUUUCAUGAUUUGGCGUCUCUCUUUCAUGUUAUCAGUUUAGGAGAUAAAAUAAAGUUUUCAUUGUCCCCAUCAAAGUCAACGGAUCGUUUGACUACAAAUGCUCCUGGAGUUCCCCUCGAUGACAAAAAUUUGAUAAUUAAGGCACUUAAUCUGUUCCGGAGAAAGACAGGCACCGACAAAUACUUUUGGAUUCAUCUUGAUAAGAAAGUGCCGACAGGAGCUGGCCUUGGCGGCGGUAGCAGCAAUGCCGCCACUGCUCUGUGGGCGGCAAAUCAGUUUAGUGGCUGUGUUGCUACCGAAAAAGAUCUCCAAGAUUGGUCGAGUGAAAUCGGCUCGGAUAUUCCCUUCUUUUUCUCUCAUGGAGCUGCCUAUUGUACGGGUAGGGGUGAGGUAGUCGAAGAUAUUCCGCCACCUGUCCCCAUCGACACACCUAUGGUUCUCAUUAAACCGCAAGAGGCAUGCUCAACUGCCGAAGUUUACAAGCGUCUUCGGUUGGAUCAAACGAGUCAAAUUGAUCCUCUGACUUUGCUAGAGAAGAUUUCGAAUAGCGGAAUCUCGCAGGACGUUUGUGUCAACGAUCUUGAAGCUCCAGCUUUCGAAGUGCUUCCAUCACUUAAAAGAUUAAAACAGCGCAUAGCUGCUGCAGGUCGAGGCCAAUAUGAUGCAGUUUUCAUGUCCGGAAGUGGGAGUACGAUUGUGGCGGUAGGUUCUCCGGACCCACCUCAAUUUGUGUACGACGACGAUGAGUACAAGAAUGUGUUCUUAUCAGAAGCGAACUUCAUCACCCGGUCGGAUAAUCAAUGGUAUGCAGAACCUCAUUCACUGCAUGAAGGUGCUCUCUCACAAACAGGGUCUUCUCUUUCUUUUCAGUAGGAAAGAACAAUAAUUGGUUGUGCAAAAAUGAAAACAUAUAUGUUGUAAUACUUUCAUCAGCAGCCGGUUACGAAAACAACACUAGCUUUCGUUAAUCGGUAGGAAAAAUAUAAAGAACCAAAUUUUAAGAUAAAAAAACGAGCAUUAUAAACGUCA